GCAGGUCAACAUGGCUCUAUUGCAGAUAGCGUGUGUUUACUUCUAAACCAGACCUCUGUCCUGAUGACCAGCUCUCACUGAAACCAGUUUCCACCACCAAAACACUCCCUGGUAUAUAUAUACAGGACAAAUCUGACAUACUUCCUUCACCUCCUCAGUUUCAACAUGUGGGGGCUUUUCCUCUGCUGCCUUGUUGCGCUGGCCACAAGCCAAAGUGUCCAUUACGAGCUCGGCCUGAACCCGAAGAAAAUAUACGAGUACAAAUAUGUGGGAGCUGUGAAUUUUGGACUCGGUAUAUCAAACCUUGCUGAGUCUGCUACGAGAAUCUCAUGCAAGAUCAGCAUCGUCGGUGCGUCUGAGAAAACCUUCAUCCUGCAGGUUUCAGACUUUGCCUUUGAAGAUUUCAAUGGCAUCCAGGGAAGGAACACAUUUAACGCCUCCUCAAAGCUCACCCAGCGUAUUGCUUCCCAGCUCAGCAAACCCUUCGUGUUUGACUACGACAGCGGACACGUUAGUAACAUCCGCACCUCUGUUGAGAUUUCUGACACUAUUGUCAACAUUGUGAGAGGGAUCCUGGGUUUGUUCCAAGUGACUGUGAAGACCACACAGAUCAUCUAUGACCUUGAAGAGGUUGGCAUCCAUGGAAAUUGUCAGAGUCAUUAUGCUACUGAAGUAAACCCGGCAACAAAGGACAUGACCAUCACUCAGGUCGUGGAUGUCAAUAACUGCAGGGAGAAAGCAGCCAUCUACAGAGGAAUGGCUACCGCUGUGCUCGACGAAGAGGCCAAAGCAAGAGGCGAAUCUAUCGUGUCGACCGUGAGAUGUGUUUACACAGUCAAGCCAACAGCAGACGGAGGUCUCAUCACCUGGGCUCGUGGCCUGGAGCAACAGCACUUCAGUCCCUUCAACGUGAAGGGCGGCAACUUCAAGAUGGAAGCGAAGAACGAACUGGUGCUGCUCAGCGUGAAUGAGACAGCGAAAGCCGCCACGUUUGGGUCAAUGCAAAGCAGGGGAGACCUUGUGUUUAAGUUUGUCAAUGCAGAAGCCAAUGUCCCCAUUAUGAUGCAGAACCUGGACGACCCAGCCACAAAGGCUGCGGAGUUGAUCAAGCAUCUGGCGGAGGUCAAUCGUUACCAGAUUGACAGCGCAACAUCUGAGGACACUAUAAAGCUGUAUCAACUCCUGCGAGUGAUGCCUUAUGAAGGAUUAGAAGUUUUGUGGAAGCAAUUUGCAGGAAAUGAGGAGCAGAGACGCUGGUUUUUGGACGUGAUUGUUGAAGUCAGCGAUGCCAGAAUCCUGAAGUUUUUUGAGACGAGGUUCCAGGCUGGAGAUUUGUCUGCAAAUGAAGCUCUGCAAACCCUGGUGGUGGCAUUUAACCAUCUCCAGGCUAUUCCUGAUCUGGUUGAGAUGGCUAAAAUGUUCUUGAACAUGCCCUUCUCUAAAUCCAAUGUCUAUUUGUGGAAUACUGUGGUGCUUUCCUAUGGCUCUCUGGUUUACAAGCACUGUGCCUAUUAUACACCUUGUCCUGUGGCUGUUGUUCAGCCACUGCUGGACAUGGCCGUGGAAAGUCUGAGGAAUGGCAACCAGACCAACAUGGUCCUCGCUCUGAAAGCUCUGGGGAACGCAGGUCAUCCAGGCAGCAUUAAAACCAUCAUGCGCUUCCUCCCCGGAGUUGCUGCCACGCCUGUGGAUCUGCCACCUCGUGUGCUGAGUGCCGCUGUGCAGUCUAUGAGACUCAUAGCUGCCAGAGACCCUCACAGUGUCCAAGACAUUGCCAUGAGUCUGUUCCUGCAGAAGAACCUUCCCACUGAGAUUCGCAUGCUGGCAUUCAUGAUCCUGUUUGACUGUAAACCAUCAAUGGCUGUGGUGUCCAUAGUGACUGUACAUCUACAGGAGGAAAAAGACCUCCAUGUUGUUAGUUUUGCAUACUCCUACUUGAAAAGCCUUUCCAGAUCCAGUACUCCCAACAACCACGUCCUCUCAACUGCCUGCAAUGUAGCCGUGAAAAUCCUGGCUCCUAGAUUUGGCCGUUUCAGCUAUCACUACAGCAAAGCAAUGCACAUGGACUGGUUCAAUGAUGAUUUCCUAAUUGGUACAGCCACAGAAGUCUUCAUGCUGAGAAGUGCAACGAGCAUCUUUCCUACAGAAAUCAUGAUGAAAGGAAAAUUGUAUUUCAUUGGUAGAAUUCUGGAGCUAAUGGAGUUGGGUAUCCGUGCUGACGGACUCAGUGCGUUGUUUGGUGACCACAUCCCUGGUUUUAAAGGAGAUCUUAGUUUCAGUGACUUUCAGGCUAUUCUCAAUGUGCUUCAAAACUGGGAAAUUCUGCCCGACGAUAAGCCCGUCCUGACUGCCUAUUCACGGGCCUCCGGACAAGAGUGGUUCUUUGCUGAUCUCAGCAAAGAGACCAUCAAGAACAUUAUCAAGGACGCGAGUCAUUCUGCAGAGAAAGGGAGUUCUCUGUGGGCCGCAAUUGAGAAACUACAGAGGGGAGUGUCAUGGCAUUGGACAAAGACUUUCUUAAUCCUUGAGGUUCGCUACUUCCAAGCUACCAUCCUGGGUUUCCCACUGGAGAUAAGCAAAUAUUAUAAGUCCAUCAGUGGAAUCACUGUAAAUGCCACAGUCGCAGUAAAUCCACCAAUGACUGACCGUCUUGGACAACUGUUAACUUCUGAAAUUUCACUGGAGACUGAUGGUUUUAUUGGUUUUACAAAGGAUUUAUGGGUUUCCUACGGAAUCAACACAGAGCUGUUCCAAUGCGGUUCCGAGUUCAAAGCCAAAGCACCUCUUGCAAUCCCGUGGAAGUUUUCUGCCAAGAUCAACGUCGCAGAAAAGAAGUUUGCACUCGACUUCGCUCCAUGCAAAAAAGAGUUUGAUCUUGUUUCAGUCAGCUCCAAUGUGUACGCAGUCACCAGGAACAUCGGAGAGCCAGACUUGGCUAAAAUGACUCCAAUAAUACCAAACUAUUUUGACUCCAAUGAUGAAGUCGUCCCCACGGGCCCCACAGUUGUGACACCUGAGUCAGAUCAGCUCCCGACAAGAAACACCUGGCAACGAAGAGACAAAAUGUGUGCUGAGAGUAACAUUUAUGGAACUGGUCUGUGUGUGGAGUAUAAGUUAAGGAGAGAAUAUUAUCAUGAGGAAUACCCCCUGUACUAUUUCCUGGGAUACACCCACAUGGCAUUCAAAGUAGGACCAGCCCAGGCAAACAACGCUGUUGACAAAAUCCACUUUGAGGUUAAUGCCGGCCCGAGCAGCCUUCCAGUCAGCGGAAUCCAACUGCUUGAGACUCUGAGGGGGCUUUCCAAGGGAGCCACCCAGCAAGAAGGUCUGUCCUCUGAUUCAGCCUUAAGCAUCAGAUCUCAUCACAGCCAUCAUGACAACUUAAUGGAAGUAAUGGAAGGCAGGAAUUCAACACCCGAAGCUGUGUUCAAUGUCAAUGCCUUUGCCAUUAGUGGCAACAACAAGCCCGAGGGUUACAAUGCAGUCUUCUACAACACACCCGAGGCAACAAUUAGAAAAACCCAGCUGAUUGUGUCCCAGGUUGGAGAAGACACCAACUGGAAGAUGUGCAUCGACACCACUGUGACGCCCCAUGUCGAGGCAAAGGCAAACAUUAGAUGGGGAGCUGAAUGUCAGUCCUAUCAAAUGUCAAUAAUAUCUGCAACUGCACACAUGCCUGGCGCCAGGACGACAAUCAAGGCCAAAAUACACUGGACCCGGAUCCCAGAGAACGUGUCAGAGGUUUGCACAAGAUUUAAAAAGUACAUUCCAGGUGUGGCUCUCCUUCUCCAAUUCUACCAGAAACAUGAGAAAAACGCUAAGCAGGAGAUUUCUGCAUCAGUCGUUGAAUCCUCAGCAGACAGCAUUGAUGUGAAGAUUAAAUUCCCAGAGUAUACAGUCUACCGCCAGGCUAUUCCAUUUCCACUGCCGCCUGUUUCCAGGAGUUUCAACAUUGACAACACAACAAUAGACAACUUUGGACAAGCAUAAAAACACCAGAGAGACAACAAAGCCCAGAUGGGAGCCAGAUGCCUCUCUUUAAAGUGAUAACGCUGCAACCAAAAUCUCACCACCCUGAUGAAAGUGGGAAUCAUGAAAAAUGCAUCAGUAAUCCGCCAGAUGUCACCAGUUUGGAAAUAACCUGUAAAGGUCCUGAUUUAUUCAUUAUAUAGCAUGUUAAUAUUUGAACACCCUCUUUUGAUAGAAUAUUGUGUAAAUUCUUGCUUCUGUACCAAAAUAUUGUAUCUUCGUAAUUGAUUUACUAAAGCUUGUUUCAGUAAG